AGGAAAUUAAGAGACGUCUACAAUCUCCAACCAAGUAUCAAUAUUAUAUUGAUAUAAUCACUACAAGGUGGGACAACCAAAUGGGAAAACAUAUUCAUUUAGCAGGUUAUUAUCUCAAUCCGGCAUAUCAAUAUCGUUAUAAUCUUGCCACAAAUGAAGAUCUAUUAGUAGCCCUCAGAAAUGUAAUAUCAAGACUCCAAAAAAAUAGAGAAUUAGCUACUGAGGCUAUUAAUGAAAGUCGAUUAUUUCGAGAAGCAUAUGGUUCUUUUAGCGAUUCUUUUGCAGUGUCAUGCAGAUAUAAAAUGGAUGCAGCUGAGUGGUGGUUACAAUAUGGAGGAUCAGCCCCAAAUUUAAAAAAGAUUGCAGUACAAAUUCUCUCACAGACAACGUCUUCAAGUGGUUGCGAAAGAAAUUGGUCAACUUUCUCCCUCAUUCAUACAAAAGUACGCAAUCGUCUUUCUUAUCGUCGCUUGGAGAAGAUGGUCUACAUUCAUUAUAAUAUGCGUCUUCAACUAAGAGCGAUUACAGAAGAACAAGAACUGGAAAAACAAGAAUCUAGUGAUGUAGACCCAUUUGAUAUUGGAUUUGUCCAAACUGAGGAUGAUCCAAUGAUGGAUUGGUGGAGUGCCGUGGAGGCUGAGAAUCCCUUACUUGAUGAAACUGGAGAUCCACCACGACCAUCUCAAUUUCUUACUCAAGAGAUUGAAAAAAUACAAGCUAGAGGAGAUGUCAGCGAAGAAUAUAAUGAUGAGGCUUUUGACCAAGAAUUUCGAUUUUCUGGAUCACGACCAAGACGUUCUCAAUCAUCUCAACCUCAAAGUCAACCAAAGUCCGCAGAUAAAGAUAAAGGUAAAACUCCUACAAUUUUUACUCAAGGGAAAAGAAAAGUCAAAACUCCUGCUUUUAAAGAAAGUGGCCCAUUGAGAAUUAGUGAAAAUCCACUCAAUGCAAUUGAUGAGCAAGAGCAUGAUGAUAGUGAUGAAACAUCAUCACCUUCUGACACUAUAGUCCGACGAGAAGUUCGAAAUGAUGAUAGUGAUGUCAAUAGCAGUGCAAGUACUAAUGGAAGCGAUGACAGUGGUGAUGCAUCUGGUGGUUGUGGCACUUAUGUUCCUCCUACUUCGGCACCGGAGCCUUGGACAUGUGAAAAAGAUUACACACAUGCAACCCAAGAUAAAGAUUAUAGAGGUAGAAUUAUUAAAACUCAGUAUCAACGUCGAUCUAAGGGUGACAAACAAAAGAAAGCUCAUAAUUAUCAUGAUAUGUGAGAGAGUUUAGCUGAGAUUGAUUCUGAUCGAAGUUCAUCAUACUCUCAGCCUUCUUAUUAUAGUUCUGAUGCAUCAUAUGGUGAUCCAUCAUAUCAGAGCUUAGGGACGUAUGCUUAUCCUUAUCCUGUAUCUGUGCCAGUUCCAAUUC